ACUUGGAAAAUUAGGGUUGUCCUUCAACCAACUCUCUCUUCUUCACUCUCCUUCAAGUGUUUGCAAGGAGAACUCUUUCUUUCUUUUACUGUUCAAAAGCUUGUACUUUUGGUUUCUAUUGGUCGAUCACCUAGAAACAUAGUACUUCCCCCAUAACAAUAGAAAUCUUCUUCUUGCAUCAGUAAACUGAAGGGAAGUCAAAGAAGUGCCACCAACAUCUGCUCUACCAACUCAGCCGAGUCCUCUGACUUCCUAAAGCCAUUCUUCUCCUACCUUGUUUCCCUCCGCUGCCCAUCGAUUACCCUACAAAACCAUCGAAGAUUUCUUCUGCUCCACUCUCGCCUAAACGCUUAUAUAAAAUCACGUCCUCUUCUCCUUCUCCCUUCACUGUGUCUCAACAAGCAUUGGCAACACAGGAAGGAAGCCAUGGCGAAGUUAGCCGUCAUCACCCUUGUGGCAGUUGCCUCUGCUUAUGCUGCCAAGUCCUUCUUCCCCGACCUUUCGCCCUUCUUCCUCUCCCUUCCUCUCCUCCUCCUGCUGCCAUUCGCGUUGUUCUCUGGGUCCGGGUCUGACACCCCUCCUGGUCCCGUCUCCUUCCCCAUCUUCGGCAACUGGCUCCAGGUCGGCAACGACCUCAACCACCGGAACCUGGUGGACAUGGCCAAGAAGUACGGAAACGUCUUCCUGCUGCGGCUGGGCGCGCGCAACCUGGUGGUGGUGUCGGACCCGAAGCUAGCCACCGAGGUGCUCCACACUCAGGGGGUCGAGUUCGGCUCCCGGCCGCGCAACGUGGUGUGGGACAUCUUCACCGACAACGGCAAGGACAUGGUGUUCACGGAGUACGGCGACCACUGGCGCAAGAUGCGCCGGAUCAUGACGCUGCCCUUCUUCACCAACAAGGUGGUGCAGCAGUACCGGGAGAUGUGGGAGGAGGAGAUGGACAUGGUGGUGCGCGACCUCCGGGGGGACCGGGUGGCGCAGACGGAGGGGGUCGUCGUCCGCCGCCGCAUGCAGCUGAUGCUCUACAACAUCAUGUAUCGGAUGAUGUUCGACGCCCGGUUCGAGUCGAUGUCCGACCCUCUGUUCCAGCAGGCGACACGGUUCAACUCCGAGAGGAGCCGCCUGGCGCAGAGCUUCGAGUACAACUACGGCGACUUCAUCCCCAUCCUGAGGCCCUUCCUGAAAGGCUACUUGAACAAGUGCAGGGACCUGCAGAGCAGGAGGCUGGCCUUCUUCAACGACAACUACGUAGAGAAACGAAGAAAACUGAUGGCCGCAAGAGACGGGAAAAAGCUGAGGUGCGCCAUGGACUACAUACUGGAGGCCGAGAUGAACGGAGAAAUCACUUCAGACAACGUGAUCUACAUCGUGGAGAACAUCAACGUUGCAGCCAUAGAGACGACCUUGUGGUCGAUGGAGUGGGCGAUCGCAGAACUGGUGAACCAUCCCAACGCCCAGCAAAGGCUCAGAAAGGAGCUGUGGGAUGUGCUCGGAGAUGAACCCUUGACGGAAACCAACCUACAGAGACUACCGUACCUGCAAGCAGUCGCCAAGGAGACACUCCGGCUGCACUCGCCCAUACCCCUCCUCGUCCCCCACAUGAACCUCGAGGAAGCCAAACUCGGGGGAUACGACAUCCCCAAGAGAACCAAGGUGAUAGUGAACGCGUGGUGGCUGGGGAACAACCCGGAAUGGUGGCACAAGCCCGAGGAGUUCCGGCCGGAGAGGUUCUUGGACGAGGAGAAGGAGGUGGAAGCACUGGUGGGCGGCAAGGUGGACUUCAGAUUCCUCCCCUUCGGCGUCGGCCGGCGAAGCUGCCCCGGGAUCAUACUGGCAUUGCCGCUGCUCUCGCUCAUCGUCGGGAAGCUGGUCAAGGACUUCGAGAUGGUGCCGCCGCCGGGGGUGGACAAGAUCGACGUGACAGAGAAGGGAGGCCAGUUCAGCUUACAGAUCGCCAACCACUCCACCAUCGCCUUCCAUCCGAUCGCACCAUGAGAGGGAGAUGAAGUAGUAUGAAAUGAUGAGAUCAAACGGUGUUUAUUAGUAAUUACACACUGUAAUAAGGAUUGUAUUCUUGUGUUUGUGUGUUUCUUUAUGUAAACUCUUGAUGAGGAUAGUAAUUAUGAUAAGACUCGGUUGACGUCA